AUGCCCUUCAAUCUUCCAGCCGGCGCCGCGGAAAUCAUCACCCGCAAAAAGGCGCUAUACUGCCGUCUCGCCGACGCAAACGAAUGGGGCCUGGCUGACAAGGUCAUGCUGCCCGACUUCACCUUCACAGCUGUGGAUGAGAACGACAAGAUCGUCAACCUCAAUGACACUGACUACCAUUGGGACUCGCGAGCAGACUGGGUGGCAUUCUUCAGCAGGAUAUUUGCCCCAAUCCAAACAAUGCAUACUGUUGGCUAUCCAGAACUAGAAUUGGUUGCCCCAGACGAGAUCAAGGCAAUAUUCGGUGUUACGUAUCUGGUCGGUACCAAGGAGGCCGACAAAGGGGUACAUGGCACUGGCGGAGGACACUAUUACGAGACGUGGAAGCUCAAGGAUGGCGAUUGGUUCAUCCAGAAGACCAAAUUUGUGAGGAUCUAUUGGAAAGAAGUGACCUUGUAG